UGCACGUUCAAUCAUAUAAUGUAUGAAAUACUUUCAGGUAUUCUUGUGUCGACAACUUAUUAUCACGCACGUUGCUACGUGUCACAAGUAUGCCUGCUCAGUGGUACACAUGUAUGGACGGAGCACUGCGUUGCCAUUAGCACAGAUGCUAGUUGAGAGAGAGAACUGCUCUACUCUGACCGGCGUUACGGGGGCCGCGUUUUCACUCGAAACCGGACAUUGUGCUGUCGUUGUGGGAUGUGCAACAUGGCGGGUCAACGUUAAUGUUACACAUCCCCUUAACCCGAACUAGAGAAGCGAAGCUGUCGCGUAUCAUGAGGGACGCAAACGAGCUUCCCAGCUUUUAAACGCACGCACUCUUCUCUUCCGCAGAAUGAAGACCAUUCUCAGCAGUCAGACUGUCGACAUCCCCGACAAUGUCGAGGUGAGGUUGAAGGGGCGGACAGUGACCGUCAAGGGGCCCCGCGGCAAACUCGUCCGGGAGUUCAACCACAUCAACCUGGAGCUCAGUCUGCUGGGCAAGAAACAGAAGAAGCUUCGUGUGGAUAAAUGGUGGGGAAACAGAAAAGAGCUGGCCACAGUCCGCACCAUCUGCAGCCACGUCCAGAACAUGAUCAAGGGAGUCACUUUGGGUUUCCGGUACAAAAUGCGUUCUGUGUACGCCCAUUUCCCAAUCAACGUAGUCAUUCAGGAGACUGGAGCUAUGGUGGAGAUCAGGAACUUUCUGGGAGAGAAGUACAUCCGCCGUGUUAGAAUGAGGACAGGUGUGAAUUGUGCAGUCUCGGCUGCCCAGAAGGACGAGCUGGUGCUGGAGGGUAACGACAUUGAGCUGGUGUCAAACUCGGCUGCUCUGAUCCAACAGGCCACCACAGUAAAAAAUAAGGAUAUCAGAAAGUUCUUGGACGGUAUCUACGUGUCUGAGAAGGGAACCGUCGUGGCCGCAUCUAAGUAAAAGUUACAUCUACACCUGUUGAGCGGCCUCGGUCAAAACAUCUGGAAGUUCCUCUACGUCAUCUAAGGCAGCGAGAAGACCACUGUGGUGGAGCAAGAUGUCGAAUAAUUGUUCACCAUGUCCUGUCAUGACCAAUAAAACUACCAACUUUUCCAAUCAA